AACUGACAGAUGAGAUAGAUAUACUAUUGCGGAUUAACAGAGACACUGACAGGAAAAUGUUUCUAAUCGAUUUCGACAUAAGAUUUAAGACGUUAUCAGAAACUGUAUUGCAAGGACAUGAGAUACCAAUACCUAUUUGCAACGAGGAAUUCUCAUUAGAAGGAAGUAUGAAAGAUUUAGCAACUGCCCUUGGUGGAGAAAUAAAUAAAGCCGUAUUCAAUCUCAUUUUGAGAAAACUUGAAAUACAUGAUAUUAUAAAUCACGGCCAAUGCGAGCUGCCUUCGGCACCAACAGGAUGCCCAGAUUAUCUGAAUGUAGUAGAUAUGAUACCAGAUAGCAUGAAAGAUAUACUUAGUUGUGUUCUUGCUGACAAUUGCUUCGGAAUAUAUUGUUGUGCUGAAUUUGAAUUACCAAUUCCAUUUUCAUCUGAACAUAUUGACGUAAAGUUCCCAGUAUGGUUCAAAUUAGACCCCUGUGGAUUUAGCGCUGACUAUGGAAUUGGUCCACGAAGUGAAACAGAAUACUUACUACAGUAUAAUUGGGGAAAACAGGAAGUAGUUCCAAUAGGAACAGGAAAGGAUCCACCGAUCAUACUUUCGUACGUAUACUCAAUAUUGUUUACGACUUGA